AUGGAGCAUUUUGAGUCGAAUUAUGUGUCCAUUGGUCGAAUCCAGCCUCAAGCUUGGUCCACCUUCGCUAAUUUCUUUCCUCACGGGGAUGCUCCACACCUUGCCACUUCUCCGCUUCCAGUAAACGAGAGUCAUGGCCACUUCCCAAGCCCGCAAAAAGUCGGCGAUGAGGACGUAUUGGGGGAUUCAGAGCUUGACAAGGAGCAGAGGGUCUCUGCGGCCUUCAUAGACGCGGACACCAUAAUCGAGGACCAUUCACCAUCAAUCUCACCUGUUCGCCCGAGCGUCUCACAACCAACAACCCUCGCCAGUUCCCCAGCAGCUCUCUUUCUGUCAGCCUUCAUGGGCUCCAAGCCUGAGCCCGAGCCUCUCGAAGACGAUGAAGGCCAGAAAGUCGGGUCUUACACCCUCGGAAAGGUAGUUGGAUUUGGCGCCUUUUCUACCAUUAGAACGGGUGUCUCUGAGUCGGGCUCCACCGUGGCAGUCAAGAUCGUCCGCAGAGCUGACCUCGUUCGAACCGGUCACGCCCCAGAAGAACGCAAGAGACUGCAACACGAAGCCUCGAUAUGGUCUUCACUCAGCCAUGAACAUAUCCUACCUUUAUUUUCAGCACUCCACACUUCCUAUGCCGACUACUUCGUCACAAUCUACUGCCCAGCCGGCUCUCUGUACGACAUCCUCAAAAGGGACGGACGUCCUGCGUUGCCCCAAGACGACGCAGGGAUGAUGUUUCGGCAGGUGGUGCGGGGGUUGCGGUAUUUGCAUGAAGUUGCGGGGUUGGUCCAUAGGGACAUCAAACUAGAAAAUGUUUUAGUGGAUGAAUCAGGUGUUUGUAGAAUUGGUGACUUUGGAUUGAGUGUCAGGAUUGGUGACGUGGACGACGAGGAUGGCAUGGACCACCAUCACCAUGAACACCAUCCCAUUGAUGGAGCUUGCACCGGUAACAUUCAUCGUGCUGUAUCUCUGUCCUUCCCAUCCAAGCGCCACAGAGCUGCGACCACCCUCGGUGCAGCUAUCGCUCGCCACAAUAGCACUCGCAAUCGACAUGCUGGCCAAAGCUCACAUGUCUAUCAGCCCGGUUCCCUUCCCUACGCCGCGCCCGAACUUCUCCUGCCCAACACAGCGGAUAUGGCCCCCGCCCAUCCUGGCCAGGAUAUAUGGGCGCUUGGAGUUAUGCUUUAUGCUUUGUUGACUGGUCAUUUGCCGUUCAAUGAUUCGUUUGAGCCUCGCUUGCAGAUGAAAAUCCUAAAUGGUACUUUUGAGAUACCAGCCGACAUCGGUCGCGGUGCUGAGCGCAUUCUCCAAGGAUGCAUGGAGCGCAUAAUCACCAAGCGAUGGACCAUCGCCAUGGUCGAUGAAGUGUCUUGGGGCGUUGGAUGGGGAUCAGCCGGCGACAACGCCACACCAGACGAAUCGCAAGAGGACCUACUUGCAUUCCAUGCCAUCACAUCCCCCCUCUCCGCCAAGUCAUGUUCAGAGUCUCGCCUCGACAGACUCACCAUCCCCGAAUCAGAUGAAGACGACUGGCAACACGAAGAGCACCAUUUCACUCGGUCCGCAAUUGAGGCGGGCUCCAGGCGAUCGUCCUCGCGGGCGAAACGCUCGCAAUCCCGCGCACCAAUGUCAGCUCGCAGCCACUCUCGACAGUGCUCUCCUCACCGUAGUGCACGGAGCAGCUCUCGAAUGUAUUCUGGGUUUUCAUCUGCUGCCGUGUCUCGGAGCCAUUCGCCUGCAACAUCGCCGUUAUUCGAAAAUCCUCCCAGCAGGAGCCGCUCACAGUCCCGGCACCGUGGGCGACAGCCCAACAAGCGGUGUUAUUUCGCCUCUCGCUCCCCUAGCCCCAGUUGGGUCCCUUCAACGCCCAGCGACAUCAGCCACAUUUCAAGGUUGAGCCUACGCGAACCAUCGGAGGACCUGCAUCUUGACUCACCUCCCCGCGGUCGAACUCGGUUCUCUUUGCACCACGAAACAUUCGACGAAGGAGACGAAGCGACAGAAGGAGUGGAGGGAGGGGGAGCAUUGAAGCUCACACACGCAGCCGACGGCACAGGUCAAUGUUCGGCCACCGACUGGACGUCUCGUAUCACUGCUGAGGCAGAGGACCACGUCUCCCCAGAAAGAGCCAGCUCCCGUCCGAAUAUCCGCUCGUCGUGGACCGAGAUCCCCUUCCGCAACUCGAGACCGGGUAGCACCCCUCCUGCGUCGUCCAAGACUUGGGAACUGUUCAGGAACAAGGCGUCGCAUGGCCUGUUGUCGCGGAAUCCCUCCCAGGACAUGUGCCUGGGGUUUCCGUCGCCUGGCCUGGGAACUCCUGGCAUCAUAUCUCGAAGUCGUAGUAUCGAUCAAUAUCAUGACCCGACCCGCACUGCAAAAGUUGAGAUACCUCCCGCAUCAAGUUGCGCAUGA